UAAUGGUUUCCAUCCCUGAAUACUAUGAAGGAAAGAACGUCCUCCUGACAGGAGCUACAGGCUUCAUGGGAAAAGUGCUUCUGGAAAAGCUGCUCAGAUCUUGUCCUAAAGUGAAAGCAGUGUAUGUAUUGGUAAGACACAAAGCAGGGCAGACACCUGAAGCACGAAUAGAAGAAAUUACCAGCUGUAAGCUCUUUGACAGGUUGAGAGACGAGCAGCCAGACUUCAGAGCAAAAAUAAUAGUAAUUACGAGUGAACUUACACAGCCUGAACUGGACCUUAGUGAACCAAUCAAGGAAAAACUUAUAGAAUGCAUUAAUAUUAUAUUUCAUUGUGCUGCUACAGUCAGGUUCAAUGAAACACUAAGAGAUGCUGUUCAAGUAAACGUGACUGCCACACAACAGCUCCUCUUCUUGGCACAGCAAAUGAAGAAUCUGGAAGUGUUCAUGCACGUUUCGACUGCCUAUGCAUAUUGCAAUCGAAAACAGAUUGAGGAAAUAGUUUAUCCACCUCCUGUUGAUCCCAAGAAACUGAUAGAUUCUCUGGAGUGGAUGGAUGAUGGCCUAGUAAAUGAUAUUACUCCUAAACUAAUAGGCGACAGACCUAAUACUUACACAUAUACAAAAGCCUUAGCUGAAUAUAUGGUACAACAAGAAGGUGCAAAAUUAAACACAGCCAUUAUAAGACCAUCUAUUGUUGGUGCUAGCUGGAAGGAGCCUUUUCCUGGAUGGAUUGACAACUUCAAUGGACCUAGUGGUCUCUUCAUUGCUGCAGGAAAAGGAAUUCUUCGAACAAUGCGAGCUUCCAACAAUGCAGUAGCAGAUCUUGUACCAGUAGAUGUUGUCGUCAAUACGACACUGGCUGCAGCCUGGUAUUCUGGAGUUAAUAGACCAAGAAAUGUCAUGGUAUAUAACUGUACCACAGGUGGCACCAAUCCUUUCCACUGGGGUGAAGUUGAAUACCAUGUAAUUUCUACUUUCAAGAGGAAUCCUCUCGAGCAGGCCUUCAGACGGCCCAAUGUAAAUCUAACUUCCAAUCACCUUUUGUAUCAUUACUGGAUUGCUGUAAGCCAUAAGGCCCCAGCAUUCCUGUAUGAUAUCUACCUCAGGAUUACUGGAAGAAGCCCAAGGAUGAUGAAAACAAUAACACGUCUUCAUAAGGCCAUGAUGGUAUUAGAAUACUUUACAAGCAAUUCUUGGAUCUGGAAUACUGAAAAUAUGACUAUGCUAAUGAACCAGCUAAACCCUCAAGACAAAAAGACGUUUAAUUUUGAUGUUCGACAACUACAUUGGGCAGAAUACAUGGAAAAUUACUGCAUGGGAACAAAGAAAUAUGUGCUGAAUGAAGAGAUGUCUGGCCUCCCCGCAGCUAGGAAACACUUGAAUAAGUUAAGGAAUAUACGCUAUGGCUUCAACACAAUUCUUGUGAUCCUGAUCUGGCGUAUCUUUAUUGCAAGAUCACAAAUGGCAAGAAAUAUCUGGUACUUUGUGGUUAGUCUGUGUUACAAGUUCCUCUCCUACUUCAGAGCCUCCAGUACUAUGAGAUACUGAAGAAGAGAAUUUAGCAUUAGGACAUCUAUGCAUAUGGUGGUCUAACUGCACAAAGCCUGUAACAUGUAGUCAUCUCACAUUUUGUAAAAGCAUAAUUUCAUCUUAAAUUGGAGUGCAAAAUAUACAGUAUGGUAUAUGUAAUGUUAGUUGUGUAUCUUCUUGGAAACAGAGCAAAUAAAAUGGUCAAGUGCCAUGUUGAAUUGGCAUUAGACAAGCAAUUAAAUAACUUUGACCUGGAGAAAACAUUUUAGACCACUGACCAACGUAACUGUGCAAUUUGGAACGUGUUUGAUUGAAAUCUGC